AAUUAAGAUUUGCUAUGUCAACUGUGCCUGUGGUUAGCCUGGGGGAGUGGAGGUGUGCCUAGAGCAGAUAAUUAAGAAACUGGAAGAAACAAUGACUACUCCAACUGUUAGUGUAUUACUAGAGGCUAAGGCUGAACUCGGUGAGGCUCCAUUUUAUGAUCCAAAAGCAAAUGAGCUUAUUUGGGUUGACAUUGAUGGAAUGAGUGUCAACUUCACCAGUUUGGAUGAAACUGGAGGUAGUAACAGUAUAAAUAGGAAACUUCAACUGAAAGAGAAGCCUAGCAUUGCUAUACCCUGCAAGAGUGGGAAAGGAUUAUUAGUGACUCUUGGACGUAAACUGUGUAUCAUUAAUCGUGACAAUGGUAACAUAUUAAAGGAGCUGUUUUCUGUCGAACCAGAGAAAGAGAAUAACAGAUUCAAUGAUUGCAAGUGUGAUAGACUUGGUCGAUUCUGGGGUGGAACAUUAUGCCCUCCCUCUGGCCCACCACCAUUCCCAACUGAAGGAAACUUAUACUCAUAUGAUGGAGUGUCUGUUAAACAUCAUCUAUCUGGUAUUGGUAUUUCAAAUGGACUGGAUUGGAGUCUGGAUGGUAAAACAUUCUAUUACACUGACUCACUUCCUAAAAUACAAAUCUAUUCUUUUGAUUUUGACGAGACAAGCUCCACCAUAUCCAACCAAAAGGUAGCCAUCGAUUACUCCACAAGUCGAGAUCUGGGCCUACCCGAUGGGUUGUGCAGGGACAGCGAGGGCAAACUAUGGGUGGCUUCACCUAAUGGAAAGAGUAAUGUCACUCGCUGGGAUCCAGUGACAGGGGAAAAACUGUUGGAGCUUCAAGUUCCUGUUGUAAAGCCAACGUCUUGUUGUUUUGGCGGUCCAAAGUACGACACACUUUAUGUGACUUCAGGAUUGUUUAAUGCUGGACCUGAAGAGAUUGAGAAGUUUCCUCUCUCUGGUAGUAUAUUUUCUGUGACUGGUCUUGGAGUCACUGGGUUACCUGCUAACUUGUUUGAUGACUCUAAAUGUAUGUGAUUCAUUUGUAUGAAGAAUGUAUUAACUCAUUAUUCUGGUUAGCUUUUUUGUGUGCUUGCGUUUCAUUUAUCCAAUCAUUUUAUCAAUGAA